ACACUUGCUUUCGAGUACAUGGAGAAAAAGCCACCACAUACUCGGGAGACUUUAGGUCUCAAGGCUUCGGCUCUCUCUGAUCUAUUUCCAGAGCUGAACAACUAUAAGAGCUGCGAUCUAACGAAUUCAAGCUGGAUAUGUGUUGCUUGGUAUCCAAUUUAUCGAAUUCCUGUGGGCCCAACACUAAGGGAUCUGGAAGCCUCUUUUUUGACCUUACAUCCCUUGUCAACACAGCCCGGAAACGUUGGUGAGGCUGAAUCCUCAAGUAUGGGAGCUCGAGGGGAAGGUAUCCGUCUACCAGUAAUUGGGCUGGCAACUUACAAGCUAAGAAGUUCAAUCAUAGCCCCUAAUGAUCCAGAAGAACGUCAGCAAGAGCAUGCUCUUUUGGAGGCGGCUAGCAAGUGGCUCCACAAGUUGCAGGCCCUUCUCCCUGAUUAUCAGUUCUUCCUUGAGCGUAACAAUUGAUGAAGGGAAGUACAUCAGCGUGAUUUCAAGUCUGUUAAAUAAUAUGUAUUUGGAUGGUGUUUCUUUUAAACUGAUGUUUAUGAUGCAGAUUUUGGAUGGUUCGUACUCAGUAG